AUGUCCUCUGCCUCCUCCUCCUCCUCCCCUUUUGAAAAUGGGGUCAUGCUGUACAUGGUCUAUUUAAGCAAGGAGGAACUACAAAGGUUCAAGCAGCUUUUAGUGGAUGAGAACCCCAGACCUGGCUCUGUCCAGAUCACCUGGGACCAGGUGAAGACAGCCAGAUGGGGGGAGGUGGUUCAUCUCUUGAUGGAGUACUUCCCUGGACAACUGGCUUGGGAUGUGACUUGUGACAUCUUUGCCAAGAUGAACCAGACAGAACUGUGUCUUCAGGUACAGAUGGAGCUAAAUGACAUUCUACCCAGACUGGAGCCAGCAGACACAAACCCAAGAGAAAUGCCAAUGAAUAUGGAGGAAAGAGAAUCUGAUAAAAUACAAGAGUACAAACUGCACGUGAUCGAUGAGUGUUCCACAACAUGUAGCAAGACCACUUGGCCUGGGAACCAUGUAGACUUCUUCCACCAAGAAAUAGAGAGACACAAGAGGUUCUUACCAUGUCUGUUUCUUCCCAGAAGACCUCAAGGGAGACAGCCCAUGACUGUGGUCCUACAGGGAGUUGCUGGGGUUGGAAAAACAACCCUAGCUAAAAAGGUGAUGUUGGAGUGGGCACAAAACAAGUUCUACCCCCAUAAGUUCUGGUGUGCUUUCUACAUCCAUUGCCGGGAAGUGUCCCAGGUGGCCAAGCAGAGCUUCUCGGAGCUGAUUGCCCAUAAGUGGCCAGGGUCAAAAGCUCUCAUGUCCAAGAUUAUGUCCAAACCAGACCAACUUCUGCUCCUCUUUGAUGGCUUUGAGGAGGUAACAUUGACCCUCACAGAUAGACCAACUGACCUGAGUGAGGACUAGAGCCAGAAAUUGCCUGGGUCUAUCCUGCUGACCAGUUUGCUGAGCAAAAGAAUGCUUCCUGAAGCCACUAUACUGAUCACUCUGAGGUUCACGUCUCGGAGGAAACUUAAGCCCUUCCUAAAACAGCCCUCUUUUAUAACCCUUACAGGGUUUGGUAUGGCAGAAAGAGGCAAGUAUUUCAGGACCUAUUUCAGAAACAAGAGGGAAGCUGAUGAAGCCUUGAGUUUCGUCAUGGGAAACACGAUUCUCUUGUCCAUGUGCUGGGUCCCUGUGGUUUGCUGGAUGGGGUGCUCUUGUCUGAGGCAGCAGAUGGAGAGAGGAACAGAUCUCAGGCAGGUGUAUACAAGUGCCACGGCUCUAUUCAUCCAGUAUCUGUCUAGCUUAUUUCCCACCAAGGAUGGAGGACUUCCCGGCAACACUCACCAAGAACAGCUGAGAGGUCUGUGUUACUUGGCUGCAGAGGGUAUGUGGAACAUGAAAUGGGUGUUUGACCCAGAAGACCUGGAGCACGCCAAGCUGGAGGAGACCGCCAUUGCCACUUUUCUCCGUGUGAAUAUCUUUCAAAGGGUUGCAGGUGACCAAGACUGUUACACUUUUGCCUUCAUGAGCUUCCAGGAAUUCUUUGCUGCCUUGUGGUAUGUCCUCUCCUCCCCGCAAAGACUAAGAAAUUUCCAGGUGUUGGACAGCGUUCACGUCAUGCGCAUGAUAGCCUACCCCAGAAGAAAGAAAAACUAUCUCGCUCCGAUGGGGCUUUUCCUGUUUGGCCUUUUAAAUGAAACGUGCGCUUUAGCCGCGGAGAAGUGAUUCCGAGGCAAGCUGACCUUGAGUAACAGAAAGAAGUUGUUGGAAGUUGCAGCCCUGUCACAUGAAUUUGGCCCCCCAACCCCACACCACUGCGUCCCACAGCUAUUGUACUGUCUGCAUGAAACCCAGGAGGAGGCAUUUGUGAGCCAGAUCCUAAAUGAUUGUCAGAAAGCUGCUUUGACCAUCAGCAAGGUCAAAGACAUGCAGGUGUCUGCUUUUUGUCUGAAGCACUGUAGACACCUGCGGUGUCUGGAACUGACCAGCACCCUGACCGUCACCCAAGUGUCCACACCCCACCCAGAAUCCCUCCGUUCCACUGAACCAGAAAGCAGCGAUCAGUGUUUUCUAUGGUGGCGAGACUUCUGCUCCGUGUUUUGGACACACGAGAGUUUGGAGGUCCUGGCUGUGACCAACACUUUUAUGGACUUUAGACAUGUGAAUCCCUCCAUGUUGAAUGAAGACUUCUUCCAAGUUUUGAUUGAAAACCAGUAUAUGAGACACUUGGAAAUACAAGGCACAGAAGUGAGAUGUGAGACCAUGGAGUUUCUGUGCACAGCCUUGAAGUACCCACAGUGUUAUCUACAGCAUCUCAGCCUGGAAGACUGCUCACUUAACCCUAAAAGUUGGAUUGAUAUUGCCAGGCAUCUCAGAAGUAACAUACACUCAAAGACACUAAUAUUAGGAAGUAGCUACCUGGAGACAUUUGGUUAAUAUUACCUGUCCGUGGCCCAGCUGGAGAGGCUAAACGAGAACCUGACCCAUCUGAGCUUGGCAGAAAAUGCCUUGAAGCACGAAGGAGCAAAACAGCUUUGCAGUGCCUUACAGCACUCUUUGUGCCCUCUACAGAGGCUGGUGCUGAGAAACUGUAACCUGACCUCCGAGUGCUGUCAGGAAAUGGCCUCUGCUCUGGAUAAAAAUAAAAAUUUGAGAAGCCUGGACCUGGGUUUUAACAGUCUGAAGGACGAUGGUGUUAUCCUGGUCUUUGAGGCCCUCGAGAACCCUGAGUCUUUCCUCCAGAUUCUGGAGUUGGAAAGGUGCCUAUUCACCUGUGUCUGUUGCCAGGCUAUGGCCUCCAUGCUCCUCCACAACCAGAGCCUGAGAUACCUGGACGUGAGCAAGAAUGACAUCGGGUGCAGGGGCAUACUGCUCCUGCAGGAGGCUUUUCAGCAGCGCAAGUGGAAAGCGAGGGCUGUUUUGGAAACGAAGCAGAACUACACAGCAGAGACAAUGACAAGGCUGGAGGGCCCAGCUGUGAAGAAUGAAGUCCUGAGGAUCAUACAGGACUGGAGCAUUGAGUACUGGGAGGAGGCAAGAUGGAUGGAGUGA